AUGUUUGGGUCAUUGUACAAAUUACUUUCGUUCAACAAAACAAAUUGUGUGAAGAAGUUGUGUUUCAAUUUGGAGGCUGUAUCAAGAGUGCAUAUCCAUAGAAUGUCGUCACAGCUAUCGUCGCAAAACCUGGUAUGGAUGGAUUUGGAAAUGACUGGAUUGGAUGUGGAUAACGACAGAAUUUUAGAGAUCGCAUGCAUAGUAACAGACAGCCAGCUUAACAUUAUAGCGAAAGGACCGAAUGUGGUCAUUAACGAGCCCGAUACCCUGUUGAAUGCAAUGAACGAUUGGUGUAAGGAGCAUCAUGCAAAGUCAGGAUUGAUCGAGGCGGUGAAGAAAUCCCCCUACACUCUGGAGCAAGCGGAACAGCAAGUUUUGGACUUCGUGAAGCAAUAUUGUCCACAACGAAGCUGUCCAAUGGCGGGAAACAGUAUUUAUUUGGAUCGACUGUUUGUGAUGAAGCAUAUGCCAACGUUAAAUGAGUACCUUCACUACCGUGUGAUUGACGUAAGCACGGUCAAGGAACUGUGCAAGCGAUGGAAUCGAGAUGUCCAUGGCUCAGGUCCACCUAAAAUGUUUGCCCACCGAUCCCUGGACGAUAUCGAGGAAAGUAUCAAGGAAAUGAAAUAUUAUAGGGAAACGUUCUUUAAAACGGUGGAGCAUACUAACUGA